AUGCGGAGCGGCGAGGAGCUGGACGGCUUCGAGGGCGAGGCCUCGAGCACCUCCAUGAUCUCGGGCGCCAGCAGCCCGUACCAACCCACCACCGAACCGGUGAGCCAGCGCCGCGGGCUGGCCGGCCUGCGCUGCGACCCCGACUACCUGCGCGGCGCGCUCGGCUGCCUCAAGGUCGCCCAAGUGAUUUUGGCCCUGAUUGCGUUCAUCUGCAUAGAGACCAUCAUGGAGUGCUCCCCGUGUGAAGGCCUCUACUUUUUUGAGUUUGUGAGCUGUAGUGCAUUUGUGGUGACUGGAGUCUUGCUGAUUCUGUUCAGUCUGAACCUUCACAUGAGGAUCCCCCAGAUCAACUGGAACCUGACAGAUUUGGUCAACACUGGACUCAGCACUUUCUUUUUCUUUAUUGCUUCGAUUGUAUUGGCUGCUUUAAACCACAAGACCGGAGCAGAAAUUGCUGCCGUGAUAUUUGGCUUCUUGGCAACUGCGGUGUAUGCGGUGAACACAUUCCUGGCAGUGCAGAAAUGGAGAGUCAGUGUCCACCAGCAGAGCACCAGUGACUACAUCCGAGCCCGCACGGAGUCCAGAGACGUGGACGGUCGCCCCGAGACCCAGCGCCUGGACACAUGAGCCCACCUGCCGGAGCCCUCCCCCCUCUCAUCCUUGUGCCCUUCCUUUCAACCAAGUUUUCUUUCCCUCGUCACGUCAAAUUUUCCUGUGAUUAAGCUGAAUUUUGUCCUCUUUGGUAGAAGUUCCUUCUGGGAAACGGUUUUCAGAGUGGCCCUGUCGGUGGGUCUGCGAGGCGGGGAGCCCCAUACCCAGCUGUUGAGACAGAGGCGGGAGAGAGGGGCCUCACAGGCUGCCAUGUCUCUUCAAGGUCCUCACUGUCCCCGAGCAUAGGCUUCACAUCUGGCUCUGAGCCACCCUGUCAUAGGUUUUUGUGACAAGUCAAGACUUUGGAUUAAUGGGAGCUGCUAGGAGGGGUAAAAAAUCAAGGCAUGAAGGUGCAGGGUUGGAAGAGUCAGCAGCAAUCGCUGGGCAGGCCCCUCGAGGGCCGCAGGGCAGCGCGUGGUCCUGCUACCUGGACCCUCCCCUGCUCCUCGUCUUCCAUCCCUGGGCCGUCGAGACGGCCAGCACAGGCCCGGAACACCGCGGGAGACGCUGAGGGCUUGGCCACGGGUGUGCUGGUGGAGCUGUUUGCCGGGUCUGGACUCUACGGGGAUGGGAAGAGCAGGCACAGCUCGGCAGGCCUGCUGCCCUGCGGGAAGGUCGCCCCUCGUUUCCUGCCCUGCUGAGAAAUCACUCGAUUGUUCCUCCAGUGCGUCACCUCCCCGACUCCCACGUCCCCUCCUCCAGGAAUAUGGGAGCAUCUUGUUUUCCAGUUUGCUCCCCACCCUUACUACUUGGAGGCUGAAUUGCAGACUUCCUGCAAUUUUACCUUCUCAGGUAAAAGUCACACAUAAAAAAAUACAAUCCAUUCCAGCAGCUAGAAUGCUUGCCCGUUUGCUGGCUUCAUGGACCACAGGUGGGGACCCACCUCUGUUUUAGGGACGUGUGCUCAUUUUUGAAUGCCUGAGGACAGUUGUAAAGUGAUUCUGAGUAGGUUGGUGUAGGAUUUGAAAAUACUUGAAUCUCCACCACGACACACCCUUUCUCUGCUGUUCAGAAGGCACAGGCUGUAGCUUUUGUGCCUCAGGGUCCGCGCUAUGGACGCUGAUCUCGGAAGUUGUUGGGAAAAAUUCUAGUUACGUCAGGUUUCAGAUGGAUUCUUGAGAAAGUGAAGGUUAUGUGGUGAGCGUGUUCAACGAGCCCCUCUGAUGCUGUAGUGUUUUUUGUCCUUUGCAUUUUUCCUGUUGGAGACUAAUUGUAUCUUUCACGGAAAAAUGGUUCUACCUUGUCGGGUUUUCCCUCUCUGAACUGUUGUUAAUGUUUACAAAGCUCCUUCCCGCUCUACUAGUCUGCGUUUAGCCAUCCCCCCGGGAGGAGACCCGUCCUGCUCGGGGGACGAGUGUGCAGCCCGGGGAGAGCCCCCGGGACCUCGCCUAGCAGUGGUGGAGGGCGCCGUGUAAGAGGGGAGCAAACGUGAGUGUGCCGGGCGGUGGGGGGGCACAGCGCAUGUAAGAAGGCGUCCAGCGCAUCUGAUUUCCCAGUGCAGGUCCCCCUGCUUGGCCUGCGAUUCCACGGCUGAAGGGUCGGGGCGAGGGGUGAGCCCCCUGGACCGGCCGCCCGGUACGAUCCGAAUUCUGUGGCUCCUUUCCGGGGCAGCGGCCCGGGUCACACGUGCGAGCUCCUCGUCCACAUCCGGGGUGGCGGGCUGCCCGUGCAGACCCCCUGCUCGCACGCGGGUCCGA